AUGGAAAAUUUAAAUUUUAAUAAAAAACAAACAAAACUUUCUGCUACUGGAAGACCAGUAGCAACACCAAGCAGAAGACUGCAAACCUCGAGUGGUACCUCCAACUCCACUUCCAAUGAACUUAAAAUCUCGUCGCAAAUACCUUCUGGAAGCAGAAAUACUGCAUCUACCAGUCGGUAUGUUGCCUCUUCUGUCACGGCCAAAAGCAGUGACAAGUCAGAAACCAAAUCCACAAGGAGAAUUCCACCCUCUAAAAAGGCCCAUAACGACCGCCGUAUGGCUACACGAAUUCUGCAGCGCGUAGGUGAGAUCCCGGCCGAUAAAAUCAGUCAGCAACAGGCCUCAUCCCUUGAAUGGGCCAAAAGCAUCUUGGCCAAAUCAAGCAACAAAGAGGCUUCCAAACCGGACCAAGUGUCUAAAAGACAAAGGUCUCAGGAGGAAGAACCCCCUCUUACGAAAAAACCAAGAGGUUACAAUGUACUGGUACGACCGUACAGUGAGGUUGCGAAGGACAAUCUCAUUAUAGGUGUCCUGGAUAGGAGUGCCGAGGAGGGGAGAAUCCCCAAAGACAAAUGGAAAUGGGUGUCGGCCGCGCUGGCAGACAUCUUCCUCCAAGUUUUGGAAGAAAACCCAGGACCUGCUCCCUCCUGCGAAGACGCGGGUUGGCACCAAGGACAAGUGAAAUUGGUAGCUUGCAAGGAUGCGAGAUCGGUUGCCUUGUACAAGGCAGCUGUCUCUAAAGUAGGAGAGAUCUGGCCUGGAGCCAGACUUGAAGCGGUAGACAAGAAGGAUAUUCCAUCUCGUCCUAGGGCCAGGGUUUGGAUUCCAACUAAACAAACUGACCCGGAGCAAAUUCUGAAAAUAAUCAGGAUCUGCAACCCCAACCUUCCAACUGGAAAUUGGAAGGUGGUAAAAUUAGAAGGCUCCUCUGGACCGACCAGACAAGCUGUCCUUGUAUUAAAUGCGGAGUCAUUGAAACCGCUCUCCGAAGCUAAAUACGUAAUCUCCUAUGGCUUUGAGAAACUAAAUCUCAAGGUCUAUCGUACCGAUGCCACGGAAGAAUCGGAGAAGAUUACGUCUGAUUAG